AUGAUACCAUCGCGUGCCUUUCGACUCCUUGCACAGCAGCAGCGAGCCACCCAAUUCGCGCCUCGUCUGUUCUUUUCGACAACGCGGCUAGUACAGCAAGAGGACAAGGCCAAGAUACUGGAACAGUGGCGUGAUGCUAUCAUCAAAAAGAAAAUCGUCGAAAAAGACACAAUUACGGCGUCGCAGUUUAAUCUUAUGGGCAACACGAUGAAUGAUCCCAUCUACCGGAACGACCGUCUUCCGUCGGUCGGCACCGCCUUGCCACCUGCUUGGCACCUGGCGUAUUUUCCGCCUCGCGUUACAGAACAAGAGCUAUCGUCGGACGGCUACGAGCAGGACUGGAAACCGCCCUCACCGUUCCAUCACCGUAUGUGGGCCGGGGGCGAGUUGGAAUGGAACCCAGACAAUCCGUUGCGUGUUGGUGACGAGGCUCAUAUGGAAUCAUCGAUACGUGAUAUUCAGUUUCGACCAGCAGGUCGUCGUGGAGAUUCGGUGUUUAUUUGGGUGGAUAAGCGGAUUAGUAACGAAAAGGGAUGGGUUAUGACCGAGUCGCGAUGCUGGGUCUAUGUGCAGGCCACAGACAAGAAGUCCUCUUCAUCCGAACAGCCAGUUGCCUCCAAGCCAAAGAAGCCAACAGCAGAAUUACCAAAAGCAGAUUUCAGCUUGAACUUGGUACCCUCGCCUAUCUUAUUGUUCCGUUUCUCAGCUCUCACGUUCAAUUCGCAUUUAAUUCAUUACGAUCACAUUUACUCGACCACCGUGGAAAACCACCGUGGAUGCUUGGUACAUGGCCCUAUGUCGUUUAUGCUCAUGAUAAACGAGUUGAAUAAGCAUUUGAAGAAAACGGAUGACACUCAGUAUAUCAAGUCCUUGUCCUACCGAUGCCGAGCACCACUUGUUGUCAAUGAACCAAUCCAGGUGCAAGGAAAGGUUAAAUCCGAUGAGCCCGGAUAUUAUGACGUAUGGGUAGCAGAUCAAAACGGCAACAUGGCAGUCAAAGGCACGGCGAUUGUCGGAAGACUCGGGGGAUAA